GUUAGCACAGAAAUGUACAGUAAAUUCGAACUUUCAACAAUCGACACCUUAUAGAAAAUCUAUAAUAGCUAAUUGAAUAUCGCGGUGCGCAAUGUCAUCUUUUACACAACUUUUCCCUUGAACAAAAAAUCUUGGUUUCGAUGUGAAUGACGUAAAGCAUCAAUUUCUAAUACUAUACAUACUAGAGAUAAACAAAAAAUGUUUCGGAUCAGUUCCGCCGUUCGACAGCGUUGUUUUCGUACACUCACUGACGGAAAAAUCAGGAACGAUUCGUCUGCUCUUGAACGCACUGUUCUGAAAAGUCCCCAUCCUAUUCCUGGGUCUGCCUUGUGCUGCAUUUCCACGAGGGAAUAUUAUUCUGUUGACCAAGCCAAACGUGACCUCAAUGCAGCCAUGCAGGAGGCUCAGAAUAUUGGCAAAGGACCCCUGCCUGUUCUGGUAGUAGGAGGCGCAAGUAUGCUGCCGUUUGUCACGGUGCCGUUCAUGUGUCUGAUGGGUGGGUCAUGCGAUGCAUCGUGGGCUUUCUCUCAGGUGGCCUACUCGGCGUCCAUCCUGUCGUUUCUGGGCGGUAUCCGGUACGCCGUGACCUUAGGUCUGCGUGGCGGCAGUACACCGGAUACCAUCGACUACCGGGUGCUGGCGCCGGCCAUCGGGCCGGUGGUGGCCUCCUGGCUGAGCCUGCUGUUCCCGACACCGUUGGCCCUGCUGACCGUGGCCGGCAGUCUGGUGGGGAUGGCCUAUGUGGAUGUGCUGCACUCACCUUACCCGGACUGGUACAAAGGACUACGAUUUGUCCUGACAUCGGUGGCGGUGGUGUCGCUGAUGCUUACAUUGUUUUUUCAUCUGGUACUGGGCGAUCGAAAACGCGACUAUCGGUCGCGCAAAGUCAGCAAGGAGGACCAUUAAAGGAAGGAGUGUACCAUGCAUAAUAUAUUCGAACAACAAUAUUUUCGGUGUUUGAAACAUUUAAUAUAUACUGCUGUUCCGCGUCGUACUGCUUUGUAGCCAUUAGUUCCAUCCUUUUUGUAUAUAUCAUAGCUAUUGUUGUUUGGCGCUUAUUGUUAGUGAACGUAGAAACGUACAGUAGAAAACUAAAAAUUUCGUGGGUGCGUUUCCUGUAACUCGCUCAAAAUAUUGAAAAACAAA